AUGCUUGGCAUCGUGAUAUCAUUCCUGAUUCUAGCGCUGCUAUGUGCUGGCAUGCGACUUUGGACCCGCAUCUUCAUUGUUCGAGCGGUAGGAUGGGAUGACUUCUUUCUGGUGCUCGUUAUGAUUUCAAUCUCAGUUGGAAGUAUUGGCACUUGCAUAUAUCAUCUAUUAUUCAUACAGUACGAUAGGUUCAUCAAGUUCAUGAAGAUCUUCUACGUCUGCAACGGCACAUUACCGAUAUCAACGUCCUUCAUCAAGGUUGCCAUCCUGCUCCAAUACCUACGAAUAUUUGAGCGUGGUUCAAAAUCACGAAUUCUCACCAUCAUCAUGAUCUGCCUCGUGGCAAUGUGGGGAGCCGCCUUCAUUUUUCUCGCCUGGGUACCAUGCAUUCCCGUUGCAGCUUAUUGGGACUGGUCAAUACCCACCACCAGACGCUGGGGGUUCGGAACGCAGGUUGCGGAGGAAUUAAUUCGGACAUAUGAGGCACACGCCACGAGCAACAUGAUUCUUGACUUCAUCAUCUUUGCUAUCCCUUUACCACUAUACUUCAACACAGAGGCCAACAAAAGGUCCCGGAAGACCGUUCUCGGUCUUUUCUUGCUGGGCAGCCUAGUUUUGAUGCUCUCUGCCUGGCGCCUCGUAUCACUAGUCCGCUCCCGCGCCGGAACGUACCCAACCUUCGACCCAACCUGGGCCGCUCCGGGACCCAUGGCCCUCUCCAUCCUCGAGAUUGACAUGGCGGCCAUCUGUGCCUCCCUCCCCGUCUUCUGGCCCGUCCUUCAAAACAGCAUGGGCAUGAUCUUUGUCACGCACGAGGUCAAAGUCACCACAGAAACAGUUGAGACGACGCGCAGCCGCGACGACGACGAGUGCCUCGAGCUAUCCAACGGCGGCGCGGGAAACAACGGUUCCUUCUCAUUCUCGCAGCAGAGCCCCGUACUGGAUACGGAGGGGCUGAUUGAGCAGUACCAGCAGCAGACGGACAUUUUCGGGAGCUAUCUCAAGGGCAAGACGACGACGGAUGUGGAGACUGUGCCGACGCCGCUCCGGGACGUGCCGCCGGCCAAGGAGCCUGAGCUUUUUGGGAGUUAUUUGAAGGGCAAGACUACGACGAAUGUGAAUGCGGAUCCGACGAUGAAAAUGGUGUGA